CAUGCGCAAGUUGUAAAGCGGAAUAUUGGAAAUCGAAGCAGAACCCUGUAAACUUCUAUCAAGUUUCUUUUAAAAAUGGAUGACUUAUCAAACAGCAAAUCGAACAGAAGUAUUAACUCUUGGGCUUCAGAUGUACAUUCGACAUCAGCCGCUUCUAGUAUUAUUCGUUUUGCAGAGAAAACGGGACAUCUCCGAAUGAGGAGAGAUGAAGAGGUGAAAGAAAUAGCUGAACAACUUCAAAGGCAGUCUGCAUCCCUGAGACUCAUUCAGCAGCUAAGGGAGAUAUCGGAAAAGAAAAGACACCUUGAUCAGGUGAAUGUUGAAAUCCAAUGUAGACUGAUGGAUAAAGAGACAAGGGAUCUUACUCACCUUGACAUACUUGAGUCAAAGAUCUCGAGUCUGAACACCUUGAGCAGCCAUCUCCAGCGGAUCCUGCAGGGAAAGAAGGAGCUCAUCAACCGGCUCCAACAGCCCCUGGUCGGAGACUUCCUGCGGGUAGAGGCGACCUUUCACCCCCAGGUCAAAGAUCUCUUUCCGCUGGUCGUGGGCUGCCUGGCCGAGCUCAGUGCAAACCUGGAUAAUAUUCAGUGGGGCAGCGAGUUUGAUCUCAGAGAUGGGAGAGUGGCAUCAGUUCUUGAUGACAUUGCAUCUUCACUGGCUCAACUUCAGACAGGGCUACAUACAGUCAUGCAAGUCAGGUCAUUGGUUACAGAGUUAUGAUGGGAUAACAGUUAUAGACUCUUCUACAGCUGUUUCAUCAGGGAUGCCAGUUUUCAGACAAUAGCCUGAAUUCAGGCCCUGGCAAGUUAUUUUCAGACCAUAGUUUAGGCUUUUUUGUGUACAAAAUAGCUCAUUCUAGGUGAUUUUCAGGCCCUCUGAUCAAUUUAAACUGGCAUCCUUGUCUCAUGCUUCAGCAACUUUAGAAUGAAGUGUUGCUUCUUAUCAGGUCAUAGGUUAGUACCGAGUUAUGUUGGGAUGAUAGACUUUUCAUACAACUGUUUCAUGCCUAAAGAACUCUAAAAUCAAGCAUUGCUUCAUUGCUAGUUGCAGGCACUCACUCUGGAGUAUUACCACAGGGUUUGAACUACCCCAGUGGAUUCAUAUAAAAUCUUCAGUGACUGGUAAAAGUGACUAGGUUGAAGUCUCUGUGUUCAAGUGCCUAGGACCCAGUCUAUGCCUACAAACUUUGUUGCAUGGCUUUCAAUUCGAUGCCUGGAGACUGUCCUGUUCAUUACCAUCUGAAAGAUUGACUGAAUCCAAUCAAUCCUGCAUAUGCGCAGACCAGUGAAUCAACCUCAAGACCAACUCACAAUGGCCCAAAUGGAGAUGUGAUGGUAUUUUAAAGUCCCUGUUGACAGUCAAAAAUGAAAUAGAUGAAUUGUAUAUCAAUGGAAAGCUUAUAAGCCAUGAAUUACAUUUUGCUAUUUUGGUGUCUGUCAGAGGAGUAACAGCUCUCUGAAAACUCAAAAUCAAUAUAUUUUCGAAAUUAGUAAGUUGUUUACCUAAAAACUAGCUGUCAACUUGAUGACAUCAUCUUAUGUGGAGCAUGCAUAUUCACAAUGACUUUGCAUAAAGCACGGCUCAUCGCCUCAGCUACAUGUAUAUAGGCGAGCCAAUCGUGUGAACAUGUCAUGUUGUCACCUUAAGUUGACCCUGUUGACCCAUAAGUUGGAGGGGCUGUGUGUAAAAUUAGGCUUUAAUUUGCUUUUGUGAAAUACUGACAGGUAGAAUAUAUUUAUUCCUUUAUAUUAGUAUUCCACCUUCAUUCAGCUGACCAUUGAUAUAAAGUUGUAUUUUCAUUGAAUAGGGUCUAUAAAGUCCCCAAAACAUAUGAUGCACUUUCAUAAAUCAUGACAUUGCUUUGUUGCUGAGCUGUUAUCAAAAGAAAUGAUUUACUUAUAUUGAAUAGACCCCUCGUAUGAUGUUCAUGACAGCUGCAGAAUCACUGCAGAUUCCAACAUGCUGUUUGGUAACUAUUUUUAUUUAAAGGCCGUCUGUACUAGUUCGGCCAGAAGGGAGUAGACCACCCAGCAACGUCACUGACCGGUGGCUAUCUCAUCAACUCAGGUCUCAAUUAACUUAAGUAAAAGAGGAUCAUGGGGGACCAACAGGCACCGAUUGGGGAAGUUUUCUAUAUAGAGGGAGCAAUUUGCUACAAGUAGUACAGUGGGGAUUUAAAGGCAGGGUAUUUUACCGACAUCGCUACCACCGCUGUAAUGUAUUUUCAACUGCAUAGAGCAAUUUCCAGUUUCAGUACUUAGCAUCAUCAUGCGCACAUCUUCAGUUGUUGACGCGUUGUUGGACAGUCACAUGGCUGUCUCUGAGACAUUGUGGUCAGCAGAUUGUACUAAACAUAUGUAUCUGAAGUAGUGUCAGUAUAAUACUAUGCCUUUAUAUGUGUCUUGGAUAUUUUGAGACCAAGUUUGCAAAAAUAUGGCAUUUGCCACAAAGUUAUAUGAUAAUCAACUUUUUGAAUUUGUUUGUGUACAAAAUAUUGCUCUUCCUUAAAUGCUGUAAAACUCUAACACUGCAGAUUGUGUCUUCUAUUAAACCUUUUGCUUUAUUUUGCAUGUCUUGAAGUACUUGAAAUAUAUUUUGCAUUUUGAACAGAGACUAUAUGAGAAAAAACCAAUAGAAUAUAUUAGAAAGUAAUACAAAAUAAAAUACAAAAGAUAUGAUUUGAAAUUUCAUUUUUUUGCUAUGCUUCUCAAAAACUGUUUAAAACAGGCCAACUGUCGUUCCCCAUUCAUUAAUGAAAUAUCAAUAAACCUUAAAAAUUGCAUCUAAAUUGACAUGAAUAACAAUAAAAUAAUAACAGACAACAAUAAAUUUGUGUUAAAAAUAUUAUUCAGCAGCAAUCUCAGUCUCUGCAUGCAUGUUGUCUGUGGGAGUUCUUGUGUAUAUAUUUGGAUCUUACUUGUCUAAAGAUAGCGACAUACUUCAAGACAUUUUCCCCACAAGAUUACUUUCAAUAUAUUUAAAGUACCAACCAGUACUCUAUAGUUCUCAGUUGUCUCUCCCCUUCUUGUCAAACCUUUGCGUAUUUGGCUUGCAUAUUGCUGCGUA